CUCCCUAACACCACCAGCUUAGACCAUGGCACCGACGACAUCUAAAAAGAUUAUCGCUGCCACCGCGUCGUCGCGAUCUCGAGUCAAGACCGUAAACAGCACUCCUAGUCGAUCCACCAAUUCGACAUCGAUUCCCCUUGGGAAACCCAGCCGUCCAGCAUCCUUCAGCCACCGCAGUCUCGAGGAGCGCAUCGCGGUCCUGGAGGCGGAUCCUUUCGUCGACAUGUCCCGGUCGACAAAAUAUGGAGUAUUUUGUAUUAGACCGGGGUGCGAUGGCCAAAAUGUCAAGUUAGACAAGCGAGCUUCGUACCAGCUCUCGAACUGGGACAAGCACUGCAGGAGGAAACACGGCAACGCCGUCAAACGAGACCCUGAGAAAAGUCAAGAAGGCGAGGUAGGACCGUCCUCAGGCGAUGCGAGGCCAGAGAAAGUGGGUGGCAUGUCCUUUGUCGCCACAUUCAGCUAUUCUGAUGAUGUCCUCCCCAUAGAAAAAUGCAAGACGACGUGUGCGUACGGAGCCUCCGAAGACUACGAAGACUACGAUGGCGCCGGCGCCUCGAAGAGGGCGUGUGAUAAGAGCACUCCCCACAGAAGGCGUGUUGCCACCGGUCCUUGGCAGGAAACUCGCGAGGGUAGGAGUCAAACCCCUUUGGCUAUGCGAAGGCUUUGUGUCGAUGACGGUCUAUGUUACCAUGGAGUAUCUGAAUGGCUGCUUAAGAGUAGCCCGAGACAGCCCAUCGCAUGGUCUGCAGACCCAAAGACGCAGGAGCUCCAAAGAAAGUACAUGCUGAAAUCAACGAUAGUACAACCACCUCCGCUGCCUGUUACACCCAAGAAGACUCCAAGCGAGAAAUGCGGUACUGUGGCACUGAAUCCUCGAGUUGCAUUGAACCCCAUGACUGAGUUCCAAGAGUGGGAUUUCAAGCUGCACAUGACCAUCAACUGCCAGACAUUAUAUGGUUAG